CAAUUCAUGUCCAUGUUGCGAAAUCAACGUGGAAUAAUGGUGGUCAGUGGCUGAGAUUUUCGAUUCGUAUUUUAACACUUUUUGGAUCAACGGUGCAGACAAAUCUUCUUAUUUCUGUUUAGCCUGGUUAAGUACAGGAAGAAGUCAAGAUGUGUGGGGGAUUUGCGUGCAGCAGAAAUGCGCUAAUUGCGCUGAACAGCCUUUACAUUAUUGUAGCGCUUAUCCUCAUCAUCGUACCGCCGGUUGCCAAGAGUUCAGCCUACGUGUCUAGUAUGUACAUCGUUGGUGGCAUCAUAGCCUGCGGAAUCUUCCUCUUCGCCGUCGCUAUCGUUGGCCUCGUUGGAGCCCUCAAGCAUCACCAAGUCUGCCUCUUCUUUUACAUGGUGAUCUUAUUUCUAGUGUUCCUGAUUCAGUUCGGAGUGUCGAUCGCUUGCUUGGCCCUGGGGAACGAACAACGUGUGCAGUUAGUCGAAGCCAGCUGGAACCAUUCCAGUAUUGAAACUAAAUCGGACAUACAGAGGGGACUAAACUGUUGCGGAUUCACAGAGGACGACCAGACCCACCCACCCUGCACUAAGGUACCUUGCUGUAAAGAAAAAAACUGCACCACUUGUCCGAAAUGUAAAGAAGCGAUGGAUAAAAUGUUUGAUCAAGGUCUUCAUUACUCUGGAGGAGUCGGACUAUUCUUUAGUUUUACAGAGUUGGUUGGUAUCGUCAUAACAUUCCGUUUCCGUAAUCAGAAGGACCCAAGAGCCAAUCCUGACGCUUUCCUCUAGAUCGUCAUCUUUGAUGACCCGGGACUAUCAUCUCGUCUUUCUGGCUGUAGAGACUUUACUUGGAGUUGCGCUUCAUGAGAUGAGAUGAUUGGGUGCGUUCUACUCAAGCAAGUGUGAAUAUUACUUAUUGUUACAAAACCUUUUCAAUCUAAAACCAAUAAAACUAAAAUCUUUUAACAAAGUAUGCAAAAUAUUCCCCGGUUUUUGUGAUGGAAGGUUGCUACUCAAAUUGUAGGAAAAAUUAAACAGUCUCCAAAUGACAUUCUAAAAAUGGCCUCAAAAACCAAACUUUGAUAUUUAUUUGUGACAUGUCGUCACAAUUUAGCCAUGACCGUAAGAAACAUUUCUCAACUAUUGUUUGUGUUUUGAACCUUAACUGCCCAUCUUUUUGAGGUUUUUGAAAUUCUGAUAAAAAAUAAACAAGUAACUGAACUCUUUCUUACCAAACUAAAAGUAUCUUGCUAGUUUGUGUAGCCUGGGUACAUCCAAAUGACAAAAGUACUUCUUGAGUAAUACUGCCCUCUUGUGAUGACAUGUUACAUACAUGAAUAUUGUACAUGUACGACUUUGGCACUGAAAGAGUUCACCAGUCAUGCCUUGAGCAUGUUACAAUGAAUGAAAAAAAACAUUGCUUGUUAAUGGUUUAGCUUAAUCAAAUGUUGACACCCACAUCUCACAAAAGAUUCAGAGAAAACAAUAGCUUGAGUGAAACACACCCAUAAGACUGAGCGUCAGAGUAUGAAGUGGUACAAUGUACAUGAUGAAACAGCGCCAUUGUAUGACCACAAACACUCUAUGUGCUGAUAAAGAAACUGUGAUUGGGAAAGCAUGAUGACUAUUGACCAUAUCCAAGACGGCGUUGCUAUGUAGUAAAGCCCCUCCUUAUUUGUCAUUAUUUAAACAAACUUCUGUUAUAAAUCCAACAAUUUAAAAAAGAUUAACCAAACUACACCUACAUGUACAUGUAUACAGUCGACACUCGUUAUAACAAGGUCCCUGGGACCGGCCAAAUUACAGGAGCGUUGUUAUAAGAGGAGAGCAAAACAAAGAAACACAAAGCAGAAAUGACGUUCGGGACUUCAGAAUAUACACUUUAUAAGGAGAACCUCUUUAACAGUGCUCUUUAUAACGAGAGCAGACUGUUUUUCAUGAACCAUGUAAUGUAGAGACAACUCCCUUUCUGGGAGUCCAUUUUUCUUUUAAAGGAUUUCCAAAUCAGUCUGCUGCCCUCUUGUGUCAGAAGCUGGUGAUCAGACAUUCAUACAUGUGUAGCAAUUAUUAGAAGUAUGGAACUGCAUUUUUCACUUUGUGACAGUUUGAAUGGUUAUAGUUGUUCACUUAUAUAACGAUGCAGCUGCGAUAAGUCAGAAUUAUUACAGCCUUUCACGUUAUGAAAUGGGACCCAGACUUUCUGUUGGAUAAAGUUGUUCAGAUUUAAACAAAAGUAUUGUAUGGUUAUUGAACACUUGUACAUAAACCGCUUCAUUGACUGAUUUGAGUAAGCCUUUUGCAUGGUUGUGCUUUUUUUUAAUCAAAUUGUUUUCUUUAAAUCGAGAAACCAUUUCAUUUCUUCAUCCAAAUUCUACUUGGAAGUUUCUUUACCAGUUGUAACAGUGAAAACGGUUGAUAAGCGUACUGUUCAACAUUCUUGUAAAAAUGUUAGAUUUCUUUCAGUUGUUUCUGCGAAACAGCAGAAGGAAUGUCCAAGUACUCUUGAUGUGACCAACAAUACACUAUUUAUCCUUAUGUGUAAAUGCUAUUUUAUUAAUAUGCUUCCGGCCGGUGAAUGAUUUCCAAAAGCAAGGAAAACAAAAAAUAGGAAUGCAAAAUAAGUUAAAAACUGUAAUACUCAGAAAUCAGUACAUAUUAAAUAUAUACUAAUGAAUGUGUAUAAUAAUUUGUUGAUGUGACGGUGAAUAUUGUUUUUUUUCUAGAGGCAGAUUUGUUGCCUAUAAAAACCUGGUGUUUUGUGCUGUAUAUUAGCCAAUAAUCUAUAAAUUCUUUAAAAUAAUUGAUUUUGUGUUUUUAUGAAAGGGUAAAAUGAAUAAUUUUGUGAGGUGAUAUCGAGUAAUAUAAGAUGAUUUUUUUGCGAAGGUGGUGUUGGGUUAUUGUAUUAGAAAACUUUGAUUUGUUUUUUCAAACAAAACUGGUGUUAGGUUACAAUGUAGAAAAUGAUGAACGGGAAUUCAAAGUUGAGUGUAUUUUAAGGGGUUAACAGGGAAUUUUGGCUUGUGCAUGUGCGUACCCCAUGUUACUACAUUACAUGUAGAUAUUUUUGCUCACAAAGGUAGCGCAGAAAUUCAAUGCCCCGUAAGGGGUGAUCGCAUUGCAGAAAUAUGGCGGUAAGUAGAGCCAUGGAAUGGGGCUCAGAUUACAAGGGCCUCGUCAGUAAGGACUGAAUUAUAACAUGGCUAUUGGCUAGGGCUAUGGCAUGAUCAGUGGAUAACUGUGUUUGCAUUGUUGCUUAGCAACCAUCACGCCAACUUUCACAAAGGUUCCGCAAACAAUCUGAACACCUUAACAUGAAAUGCGCUCCUCAUUUUAGUCUAUCCUUGCUGUUUAAAAUAUCAGUGUAAAUAAACAAACAGUUACCAACAGAAUUUCUGAUUAAACUCUGUUUAAUUUUCCCAACAGCAUUUAUUUAUCGAUCAAAGAUAGUUCCCAAUUGAUGUUACCCAUUGUGAAGUCAGCCAUCUUUGUAGGCGAAUCAAUCAUUUCAUGUAUGUUAUUAUGUGGUCCAGUGGUUAGACUGCAGGACUUACAAACACAGAAUAACCGCUUAUUUGAAAAUGACUAAUAGAAUUGUGCAAUUCAUAAUCAAUGUUUGUAUGAGAGAGACUGGCUAAUUGCCAGCUUGGUUUUUAUAUACUCUUGUGGAAGUUUGCUGAGUUCCCUUGACGGGAAGAUCAUCUUGACCAAAAAACAAAAACAAAUUGUAAACGAGUUUUAUCAGUACGAUUUGUCGGUGAACCACUUGGCUGCAUUGAAAAGAAAGAAAACUUGAUGUGAACCGAAGCCGAAACCCAAUUUGCCCGUAAAGAUGACCUCUGUUGAAAGUAACUAAAUGUAUAAUAUUUCAUCUUUAAUCUACACAAGGCAUAUAUUAAAUAUGACAUACUUUUUGGUUGCAAUAAUUUUUUGGCUGCAAUAAUUGUUACACUUCAAUAUGAAUUCAAGGUAAUCCCGAUUCAUACAUCCUGCGAAUGCAAAUGCAGUGUUCUCCAGCUUUUAAGGUAAUAAAAUUCACAGGAAGUAUGAGACGGGCUUUAUAGUGUAGUAUAAUUUAUUAACGAUUUACACAAAUUACUUUCAAUCUUACAGUUCCUGUUUUAUUCAUUCCAGUAUGCAAGUUGCUGUUUAUGGCUGACGUCAAACCAGAGGCAUAAUUUCUUCUUGUCAGUUAUCUUAUUUUUUUCCCAGUUACAGUUUUGCAUACUCUAUUACAAACAUCCUUAUCUUCUGUUUUUUUUUAUUAUUAGGCGUUAUUUAUAUUUUAAUGUUGUCAAUGAAACAAUCAUUUUAUAUUGGCUCUCAAAGUAAACUAGUGAAUUCAAUGUUGGAAUUAGGAGAUUUAAAUUAUCAAUGUUUCAUAGUCCAGAAGACGACCGUGUUUGCCUAAUGACGAAGACCCCCUGACUGAAUGGGCAAUGUGGUGUAAAGGAUACUUAAGCCUAUUGCACAUGACGUCAUUGACCACCAUCUUUGAUGAAACGUGUACGCGUGAAAGGCCAAGAGUUGUGCGCGGCGCGUACGCGCGUGCACUUUUCCAAUCAUGAACUAUGAUGGUCAAUGACGCUAUGUGCAAUCCAUCUAUGAUUCAAAUAAUUUUUUGAGUCUUUUAAGACACUCGGGAAAAAGAUAUUUAGAAAAAUAAUCAAAUAUUGCAGACUGGAUUAUAAGCACACCUGCCAACAAAGUAAUAAUACUUUGGUGUUUGCGUAAAAAUGUAUGUACGCAUUAGAAAAUAAAUAUAGUUCAAAUUGAGUUCAUUAAAAUCAAACGAUGAUUAAAAGAACAAUAAAUGUAAAUGAGAUAUUUUGUAGGAAUAUAGGAGACUAGUUUAAAGUAAAACUACAUGUAUGAUCACAGUC